AUGGCUUUACUCGUCCGUUUAUUGCAGGCUUUCGCCUUGCUCCUCCUCGCCUUCACAGUAUCCGCGGAACAUACUUCAAAUUGGGCAGUCCUUGUCUCUACGUCUCGCUUUUGGUUCAACUACCGCCACCUCGCCAAUGUCCUUUCACUAUACCGAACCGUCAAACGCCUCGGCAUCCCCGACUCGCAGAUCAUUCUGAUGCUUCCAGAUGAUAUGGCUUGCAAUCCUCGAAAUGCCUUCCCCGGAACAGUCUACAGCAAUGCGGAUCGUGCCGUCGAUCUAUACGGCGACAACAUCGAGGUGGACUACAGGGGCUACGAAGUCACGGUGGAGAACUUUAUUCGUCUCUUGACCGACCGCCUGGACGAAGAUGUGCCACGCAGCAAGCGGCUAGGGUCCGAUGCUGGAAGUAAUGUGUUGGUUUAUAUGACAGGACACGGAGGCGACCAAUUCCUGAAAUUCCAGGAUGCCGAGGAGAUCGGCGCAUGGGACUUGGCUAAUGCAUUUGGACAAAUGUGGGAGAAGAAACGCUACCACGAAUUGCUGUUCAUGAUCGACACGUGCCAAGCCAAUACGAUGUACACACACUUCUACUCGCCCAACAUUGUGGCGACAGGCUCCAGCGAAAUCGACCAAUCUUCCUACUCUCACCACGCGGACAACGAUGUCGGCGUUGCUGUGAUUGAUCGCUGGACCUACUAUGUGCUUGAGUUCCUCGAGACCCAGGUGACAAGCGUGACUUCCAAAUUGAAUCUUGGAGAUUUGUUUGAUUCAUACGACGAGUCAAAGAUUCACUCCCAGCCUGGUGUCCGGUGGGAUCUUUUCCCUGGAGGCGAGCAGGAAGGACGUCUGAGAACUGUUGUGGACUUCUUUGGAAAUGUCCAGAACGUGGAAGUCGAGAACGCAAACGCGACUGAGCCUGGCUCUUUGAAGGAGGAUUUGGCUGAGAUCGCCCGCCUUGUUGAGAAAUGGCAGAAGCGUGACGAGGAGUAUGCAGACAUACUCUCUAAUCGAAAUGACACCGCCUCGGAUUCUUCUGCGGUGCACCUGAAGCCGAAGAGCAGAGUCGGACCAACAAAGAUGGCCGAAGACAGCAGCUGGGGAAAGCGGCUUGUCGGAAUUUCUGUUGUAGGUGCCUGUACUGCCAUUUGGAUCGCUGGGUCGGUCCUUGGUCGAAAAAUUGUUUAG